AAUAUCUCAUAAGCCCUCCUUCCGCCCUUUCUCUUCCAUUCAUUCCCUCGUUAGGAAGUGCGCCGCCGUCUCUAAUUCAGCGUUUGGAAGGAGCUCUUCUCUGGUUUCCGCAUCGUGCUUAGAUUCUCAUUCAGUUUGAAAUCAUGGCUGCAGCACCAAUAGCGAGGUCGUUCCUUCAGGUAGCGGCAACUGAGGAGGUCGCCACUCCUCUGCGUGUCGUUCAGAUCGAAGGAUUGGUUAUGUUGAAGAUUAUCAAACAUUGCAAGGAGUUUUCUCCAGCUCUAGUCACUGGCCAACUUCUCGGUCUGGAUGUUGGUAGCGUUCUUGAAGUAACCAAUUGUUUCCCCUUCCCGAUCAGAGAGGAAGAUGAAGAGGUCGAGGCAGAUGGUGCCAAUUACCAGCUUGAGAUGAUGAGAUGCUUAAGAGAGGUUAACGUUGACAACAACACAGUUGGAUGGUACCAGUCAACGCUGAUGGGGUCUUUCCAAACAGUUGAAUUAAUCGAAACAUUUAUGAACUAUCAGGAAAACAUUAGACGGUGUGUUUGUAUCAUUUAUGAUCCAUCAAGAUCAAGCCAGGGUGUUCUGGCAUUCAAGGCUCUGAAGCUCUCUGAUUCUUUCAUGGAGCUAUACAAAACUAACAACUUCACUGGAGAGAAGUUGAGGGAGAAAAACUUGUCAUGGGUGGAUAUUUUUGAAGAAAUCCCUAUCAAAGUCUCAAAUUCUGCACUUAUCAGUGCCUUUAUGACUGGCUUGGAAGAUGAUACUCCUGUUACCCAGUGUGACUAUGACCGUUUGCAACUGUCAACCAAUCCCUUUUUGGAGAGGAGUGCUGAAUUUUUGAUUGAAUGCAUGGACGAUUUAUCAAUGGAACAGCAGAAGUUCCAAUUCUACCAUAGAAACCUAUCACGCCAGCAAUCUCAGCAACAAACAUGGCUCCAAAAGAGGAGGGCUGAGAACAUGGCACGCAAGGCUGCUGGUGAUGAGCCUUUACCCGAGGAAGAUCCAUCGAACCCAAUCUUUAAGCCAAUUCCUGAGCCGUCUCGGUUGGAUAGCUUUCUCAUAACCAAUCAAAUUUCAAAUUUCUGCAACCAAAUCAAUGGGGUUGCUGGGCAAAACUUCAGCAGACUUUACUUGAUGAAAGCUUUGCAUGAAAACUGAUGUUGAGUGAGCCUGGAGGAAAGGGAACUUCCCAGUUUUAGAAGUUAGGUUUGUGAUACUCUGGCGGAAGUAAUACUGCAUGAAUUCUAAAUAUUGGAGAUGGUUGUUAGAGUGUGUAAGCUUAGCAAUCUUUCCUUAACUAUUCACAAUGUUGUUUUUGUUCUUGUUCUUGUUCUUGUUUUGUUGAUGAACGACAUUGUUGGGAU